CCUUGGUGGCGAGCACACGCUGGUCGCAGCCCACGAGGAUGGCCUGUAGAUCGAUGGCUGCCUCGCAGCUUUAUGGAUCCGGUUUGGUGGCGAAGAGGAGCAUGCGAUCCUUGGAGGGGCGUCGGCCUUCUCUGCCGUGGUCUAGGGUUUCUUCUUCCGAUUCCGUGGAUUUCAAAAGCAUGUGUUUCAGAGUCCCUGCCUUUAGAGUUUCCAACAUCAGUGGCAGAAAGCUUUCAGUUUCUAUGUCCCUUAAUGGAACCAGUGCUGGAAGCAAUGUUGAUGCCAAUAAUGCCAUAAGAUAUGCAGAGGGUACUAAACCAGAUCUAGUCUAUGAUCCACUUAAAUCUAAUCCAACUGAAGAAUCAUUCGAUGGGAAAAUGGGUAUGGACAUGCGUAUACAGAAGGAGGGCAUCAUCCCAACCAAAAGAAGUGCAAAAUUACAUGAUUUUUGCUUCGGCAUCCCUUUUGGUGGAUUUUUAUUUGCUGGAGGGCUGCUAGGCUUUAUUUUCUCUAGAAAUGCCAUGGCCAUGAUACAUGGUGGUGCUAUUUUGGUGCUGAGUGUACUUAGCCUAAAAGUUUGGAGGACUGGAAGAUCCAGCUUACCAUUUAUACUGGGUCAAGCAGCCUUCUCUGCUGCGUUUCUCUGGAAGCUUAUGCAGGCAUACACAUUGUCAAAGAAACUCUUUCCCACAGGAUUUUAUAUCUUCUCGAGUGCUGCAAUGAUAUGCUUUUAUUCGUAUGUGUUGAUCUCCGGCGGAAACCCACCACCGAAGAAGUUGGCAGCAGCUCCCCAGUCAUAAGCCAUGAGAAUUUGUACAAAAAAACUCUCUAUGAGCAUGGUAAGAUAACCCGAUUUACGAGACAUUAUGUUAGUUAAAAAGAUUCAUUAUAUAAACUGAUAGUGAAAUUAUGGAAAGUUUUGAUGAAAGCUGGAAUAUGAAUCGUUGAGUAUCGUCCUUGCAAUUAAUUAUUUGCA